ACCAAAUAUUUUCCAUUUUAAAUGAAAAAUUGAAAUAAUUUGGGAGGGUGGAAAAUGGAAAGAAGAUUUUUUUGUUUUGUUUUGUUUUCAGUGGGGUGAGAAAGAUUCCAAUGAUGUUAUGCGGAGCUGCACGCCGAUUGUACGUUUUAACUGAAAAACCAAUUGCGGUUGUGGGCGCCGCCGAUGAAGGGCCAACCUUUACCGAAGAUCAACGCCGAUUCGCCCGGCGACGACGGAGAUCCCCUCCGCACUAACACCCUCUUGCCGGGCGGCGUAAUCGUAGGCGGCGGGCUACGGAAGAAGGCUGCGGGGAUCCGGCAGUGGCUUCUGCUGGACUCCACGGGGCAAGCGCAGGUGGUGGAGGUCGGAAAACAUGCUAUCAUGCGGCGGACUGGACUUCCGGCCAGGGAUCUUCGUAUUCUGGACCCGUUCCUAUCCUAUCCUUCCACCGUUCUCGGCCGUGAACGGGCAAUCGUCAUCAAUUUGGAGCACAUCAAAGCCAUUAUCACCGCCCAGGAGGUCCUUCUCCUCAAUUCCAAAGAUCCUUCUGUUUCCCCUUUCGUGGACGAGCUUCAGCACAGGAUAUUGCGUCACCACCAAGCUACUAAGUCUCAGGAAGCUGGAGCUGAGCAGGGUAAUGCAGACUGGGCGAAUCUGUAUGCAUUUGAAGAUUCACAAUCAAACAGAGCAAGCCCUCAAAACUAUUCUGGGAAUUUUCCAGCUAAGGAAGAGGAUGGUAAAGGAGAUGGGAAACAAACUGGUGAGAACCGAGAUGGACUGAAGCUUCUUCCUUUUGAGUUUGUUGCACUUGAGGCAUGUCUUGAAGCUGCUUGCAGUUGCUUGGAUAAUGAGGCAAGAACAUUGGAGCUGGAAGCUCAUCCGGCAUUAGAUAAAUUGACUUCAAAAAUUAGUACUCUGAACUUGGAGCGUGUGCGUCAAAUUAAAAGCAGGUUGGUUGCAAUAACAGGGCGUGUUCAAAAGGUAAGAGAUGAGCUGGAACAUCUGCUAGAUGAUGAUGAAGACAUGGCUGAGAUGUAUUUGACUGAAAAACUUCUGCAACAACACGAGGGCUCUUCUGUUUCCUCUGUGAAUGAGCAAGAGGGCUUGGAGGAUGGAGUCAAUGAAGAAGAUUUAAAUGACAGGGUUCCUGCAGAAAUCUCAAUGGUGGCAAAUACUGGUUCCACAAGUUAUGGUGUUGAUUUGCUACAUCUUGAUCACCAGCCUGAAAGAUCAAAUACACUGGGACGAGGCAGUCAAGGAACAAGGACAAGUACAACAAACAGUACUAUUAGUAAGCAUCUUGAUGUGGAGGAGCUUGAAAUGCUAUUAGAAGCAUACUUCGUUCAGAUUGAUGGAACAUUGAAUAAGCUAUCCACUCUGAGGGAGUAUGUGGAUGACACAGAAGAUUACAUCAACAUAAUGCUUGAUGACAAACAAAACCAUCUUCUGCAAAUGGGAGUGAUGCUGACGGCAGCAACCCUUGUGAUAAGUGCCUUUGUGGUUGUGGCGGGCAUUUUCGGCAUGAACAUCAACAUUGAUUUGUUUGAUCCUGAAAAGGCCGGCAUGCCGGAGUUUCUGUGGACCAUCGGAGGUGGUUGCACCGGCAGCAUCUUCCUCUAUGUGAUUGCAAUCGCAUGGUGCAAGCACAAACGUUUACUCGAGUGAACGUUCACAUGGACAUCUCUAAUUGCCUAUGCACGAAGCACUUCGCUGAGCGCGGGUCCCAGUCAUAAGGGUUCUUGCAAGAGACCUGUCUUUCUAUUCCUCCAGCUGAAGUUUUCAUUGGUAUGAACAUUUCUUCCUCCAGUGUUUCUUGUGGGUUCUGUGUUAAUUAAUAAAUUGCCUUGUGAGCAUUUCAACACCCAACUUCAUAUCCUCUGUGCCUAAGUUGUAAUUGAGUUGACGCUCCGUUUGGCAGCGAUAAUCAGCUUAAUCUGUCUACAAGCAGAUUCUGAAAAUCCAGCCAAACAACCCCUAGCAAGCGGGUCUUAAAGUCUUUCAAAAUGCGAGUACGACUCUUACCUAUUUUCUCCAAUGCACCAAAUGAAAAAGAAGUUAUAUAAUGAUGACAAUUCUAAUGCACUGGAGUAUUGCUAUAGUCACAUCACGGAUGACACUAAGUUUGACAUCGCGUGCUCGUGAUUGUCUUAGGUGGUGUCAACCUUGGUGUUAUCCGAGGAGUUAAAGUAACAUUUUUCUUUUGUUUGUGCAUUGUAAUAAAUGAAAUAGUGCCAAAAAACCAGAGUAAGAUUAUGAAAGCUGAUGAGGUCCCGUUGAGUAUAAGGUUAGGAA